CCGUGCGCCAUGAACACCAUGUGGCGCCCGGCCUUGUUGAACAGGGACGCCAUCGUCGCUAAGGAAGAGCCCGACGACCACCACCACAACCCCUCCGCCGUCAACGUAGAACCUCCCGCGGACGACCAUGGGGAAGACGAAAAGACGGAGGAUCUCGCAGGGAAGAUGUCGACGAUUUGGCGACCCAACCUCGGCCGGCUGUACGCCAGCGUCGCCGAGAUGGAGGUAUCGGAGAGCGAAGAGGAGGAGAAGGAUGCGACGAAGAAGGGCGUGAAGCGGAAGAGAGGCCCUCGCCCGAAGGGGCCAUGCGAGCACGGGUCGAAGUGCAAGGUGUGCGGUGCUUGUCCGCACGGUCGUCAGCGCUCUCGGUGCCAGGAGUGCGGUGGGUCUCAAAUCUGCGAGCACGGUCGUCACCGCUUCAGCUGCAAGGAGUGCGGUGGUGCAUCAAUCUGCGAGCACGGUCGUCACCGCCAUAGGUGCAAGGAGUGCGGCGGGUCUCAGAUCUGCGAGCGCGGCCGUCGGCGCUCUCGGUGCAAGGAGUGCAAGAAAUAGCUCAACUCAAGCUGCGGCUGAUUCGACGUCCUAAUCGACAAACUAAAGACCUCCAGGGCUCUCCCCGCGCUUCAGGUCCUCGCGGUGUUUUCCCAACAUCUCCCCGACCUCCGCCUUGACGGCGUCGUCCCACGACUCCUCCAUCUGGCGCAGCCGAUCGGCGAUCGCCAGCGCGUGUCCGCACACGCGAUCGCGAACAAAGUCCGUCACCGCCGCCGUCUUGAGCGCGCCGAACCCGUCCCGGUCCAAACGCGCGUCCACAGCUGUGUCCAUAUCUCAUCGGUCAUUGGCUAUGCCGACAUUCCCGGGGACGGACCCUGUCAAAUCACUAAAUUUCCUAUCCCGCCCUCGGCAGCCCUCGCUUCUGCCCGAGCUGCGUGUUGGUUGGCUGCGAAAGUAUGUGAGAUGGCACGUAUGGUUCGCUCGCCCGCACCUGAACAACCGCUCUCAAUGCGAAGGUUGUAGAUGGCUUGUCGUGUGUUUUUGUUUCACGUCGUGCCAUGUGUUUCGAAGCAACUCCAAAUUAACACUUAAACGCAUGUGUUUCAUCCAGAGAUCCGGGACAUCCGCGUUGGCAACAAUACCACGAGCUUGACCGUCGUCAGGUGCACAUUCCAUGCGAACGCCCAUCCCUGAAGUUGCUGAUCUUGUCUGGCUGUGAAUUUCCAGGAUUUCGCGGUGAGCUAGCUGCUCUCGCGUGGAAGAUUCGGUACUGAACUUAUCUUUCGCUGCGCAAAUCUUUGCUUUCAUGGACUCCUAUGUAAAGGGUUCGUUUCCAAGAACAAAGACGAUUAGCUUGUCUUAGAGGCCGUGACAUGAUUGAUAAAUAUUUUCGACGAUCAUUCGACGAUCAUUUCCAUAGGAAACGGCACGUAAUGAGAAAAGUAAAGUCAAAAGACAGCUGGAAAAACAGUCCCAAUACCCUUAGCAUAUCUUUUGUGAGGGAGCCUAAAAACCUCCAAGUCAAGCCAGCAUUUAAACUUAGCUGCAGUAGAAAUACGACUGCAUCGAAAUGCUGAGAAGUGUGAUCCGAUCCACUUAUUUUAAAGAUGCCCAGGUGCAACAUGAACGCAAGAACAAAGAGGGAAAACGUUUCCAGUGCCUGCUGCACGUCUGAAGCAAAAGGUUCAUAUGUAAGGUGAAUGAUGGUCGCUACCUGUG